AUGUCUUCUGUGAUUGUCUUUGGCCCCACCGGUGGUGUCGCUUCAGUUGCAGCGCUCACUGCCCGAGAGCAUGGAGCCAAGGUUUUCCUGGCUAUGCGAGACACCCAGAAGCAAAUUCCUGGGUUGAGUACAGAGCUGGAACAGCAAGGCGGGUUUGAAAGAAUUCAAGCGGAUCUGGCCAACCCAGACUCCGUCGCUGCAGCCGUCAAAGCAUCGGGGGCAAAGCGCGCAUUCACAUAUCUUGCUUUUGGGGCCCCUGACCACAUGAGGGCCACUUUCACAGCAAUGAAAUCAGCCGGCAUUGAAUUCGUUGUCUUCCUCAGCAGUUACACCAUCGCUGGAGACCCAAAGGAUGUUACUCCUGCUGAGCUCAUUGCUUACCUCCACGCGCAGGCUGAGAUCGUUCUCGACGAGGUCUUUGGGGACGAGAACUAUGUUGCUCUGAGGCCGGGUGGCUUUGCCACGAACUUGUUGCGAUACAAGAAGGGUAUCGCAGCUGGCGAGGUGAGAAUCUGGGCACCCGAUUUCCAAUUUGAUUGUAUUACACCAGGCGACAUGGGCCGCGUGGGUGGCACCAUCUUGGUGCAGGGACCGAAGAAUGGACAAAAGAAGGUGUACCUGUAUGGUCCACGACUCAUCCCUCAAGGAGACGCCAUUGUGACCAUUGGAAAGCUUGUCGGCAAAGACGUCAAGCUCACUAUUAUCGAUGAGGAGGAAGCCUUGGAGCAAUCUCUUGCACACGGAUUCCCGAAGCCAUUAGCAGAAUAUAUGAUCCAAACGUUUGCAAGUACGUCGAAUGAGGUUACGGAGCGUGCACACUACCAAGUUGGGGUUGACAAUGUGGAGCUGUACACUGGGAAGCCUUCCACGAAGUUUGAAGACUGGGUGGAAGCAAAUAAGGAACUUUUUGAUGCUUAA